AUGGGAGUAGCCAGAUUAACAAGUAAUAAGGAAUAUAAGGAUUUCGAUAAUCCAGGUGAUAGAGUCUUGUUGGUGGUGAUGGGUAGAAAGGCCUUUUCUUUUGGCACUUAUGAUGUUAUAACCAAAUCAAACAAUGUUGGAGGGGAUCUCGAGUACAGAAGAGAGAGUGAGGGAGAAUGGUAAUAUCUUUAUUUCAGUUAUAAGAGACACACAUAAUAGGAGGGACAUGCUAUAGCAUUUACAUAAUUUAGAGAUCACACUGAAGGAUUACAGAUGGAUGUAUUGCAUUCUUUAUUAACUAAUUAUUUAUAUUUCUCAGUUGGUCAUGCUGGUAAAUACUAUGUUAACUUCAAUGGUUAAAUAACCAAGGUUAGAAUUAAUUUGGGUCCAGGAUCUUUUAUUGAAAAUAAGGCAGAUUUGUUAUCUAAAAUUAAGACUAAGGAUACUAUUCCAGAGAUCGAAUAAGUAAGUAAGAAUAUUGAAAUUAUUUCUGGAAUCCAGGAUGUUAGAAAACUUGAUGAAAAACAUCACUUAACAAAGUUCGAAUAAGAAAUUAGAGAGUAUGGGGUUUUAAUUGUGGUUUAGAUGGUUCAAGAGUCUAAAAGAGCACUUCAAUUAAUGUAUAGAUUAACAACAAAUGGAGAGGACACUCUUGGAGAUGCUCAGAAGAUAGGUGAUAGGACUUUAGUGAUGUGUCAUACAGAAGGGUUGGAAUUCAGUACUUAUAGUUUGGGUGAUAAGACAGUUCAAUUAAAUAAUGCAUAUCCAGUUUAGAUUGCUAAGUAGAAUUUGGAAGUGUGGACAUUUGCAUAUUUUGCUUAUUCAAAGGAGAGUCAACAAAUAGUUUAUUACAUCAAUAGUGAAGAGAAUGAGUAACAUGCUUUAGAGUCAGCCUUGCAUGCAGUCUCAUCCAAUUAUUGGUUUUAUUUGGCCAAAGAUGCUCUCUUGAAUUCGUAUGAUAGUCGAUUGGCUCAGGUAGUAUUGAAUUUAGGAAGUGGAGCAUUCAGAAAGGAUAAUUUCAAGGGUUUGAUGGUUUAUCUAUAGUCUCCAAAGCUAUUCAAUCCAAAUGCAAAAUUACAAUGGGAUUACGAAGAAGAUGAAUUGGUACUAGAUUCCUAAGAUGCUGAAAAGUAAGGUGUUACAGUGAGAAUUGCUGAGCCAAAUCAAAAGAUCGAAAGCAUUUAAGAAUAUUCAGUUGGGUUAUGGUUACGAUUCUUGUAGGCUUGGCCAUCAAGAUUAUGGAAUAUUCCAAGUGAGAUGUAAAUAUUCAGAUUGACAUCAAAUGAGGAAUUGGAGAAUGGCAAGAUUGCUAUUGGAGAUAGAGUAUUGAGUGCAUACUUGGUACACGAUAACUUCUACUUUGGUGCCUAUGAUAUCAAUGAGGACGCUCCUAAUGAGAUAUCUACAAUCUCUUACUCUUCAUUGGAAGGUAGAUGGCAUUACAUAUAUGCUGGUUAUAAGAGAUCCAUAUAGGAGGCUGUCUAUUAUGUUUAUGAUGGAGAACACAUUCAAAAAGCAAAGAAUGAACAGUUAUUGUAGAGACCAUUGAAUGAGUGGAUUAAGUUGAUCUUAGGUGGAGAGAAGAAUGUUGCAGGAUUUCAUGGAUUGUUCAGUCAAAUUUCAGCUCAUCUGGGAAAGGAAGCAUAUGUAGAAAAUGAGGAAUAACUCCUAAAAUCAAUAGAAUCUAGUUAUGCUUUGCCAUUGGAAUUAACUGUAGGGUACAUUCAAAAGUAGAAGAAGGGAUAAGUGGAGCUAGAACAAUAUAAGAGUCAAGAACUAACUCAAUUAUAAGGAAUUGGAGAAUAUGCCAUAAGCGGGUGGUUUAAGAUUGCUGAAGUACAAGCUAAAAUUGAAGGGGAGAUUAAUUCACCUUGUUAAGUCUUAUUCAGAAUAACCAACAAUGAUGAAGAGCAUCUAUCUGAUAGGAAAUAGUAAGGAGAUCGUACAUUGUAUGCUUAAGUGUGUACAAGUGACACAGUUAAAGUUAGUACUUAUAGCAUUGCAGGUUUGAAGGAUUGGAAUGAAAGCCAAGUUUUUGGAGGCAAAAGCAGAAAUGGGAAAUUUCUAAACGAGCUUGGACAUACUUCUACAUGA